AUGGACUCGGUCGCUCAUCGACCAUGGGAGACAGCCUCGGGCCCUCAGACGCCCGCCGCUUCAAAUCAGACUCUACCAUCCAUAUCGACGCUGACUGCGAAUAUGAACGGGAUGAACUCGUCAGAGAAGUCGCCCGGGAACUCAUCGCUGAACACGAUUGAACGAGACUCGGGGAAUUGGUCCAUGCCCCAAAGCACAAGUAGGACUCCUCCCGGAGCGCAUGAGUUGCGGCGGGCUGACCCUGCAGGAUCUUCCACCUACUCGACCACGACCAAUGGCACCGGCAACAACUAUCCCUCUCUCACCUUUUUGACCUCGACCUCGCAACCUUCACCAAACCGAAAUCACCCUGCGCCCGCGCCCGACCGUUCGCCCUAUGGGCACGACCAAUCCACCCCUUCCUCGGCUGGCGCGCAGCAGCCAUCUCCGAGCUAUAACACCUCGCAGCCAAAUGGCGCGCUUCCCUCGAUCAACCAGAAUUAUGACGCCUCGUCACAACGGGGUAGCGUCGCCGAAGUAACGGAAUCGCGUCGCAGCUCUAUCGACAGUCGCAUGAACCAGGGGAUCAGCUCACUCGCCAUCAACCCGGCGUCACCCUACCACAGCACCAAUGCGUCACAGUCCUCGAUCGUGUCCAGUCUGCAGCGGGAACGCGGAAUAACCAACGACAUGAAUUCCUACCGGGGACCGCGCUACUCCGGUGGCAGUCAACCUCUGUCUCCCUUGGGACCUCGCCCGGGCGAGCCCCGAAACUUCCAAGCAGGGCGCAGCGCACCUCCGAUUUCUUCUAAUCCGCGCUCAGAGAUUUAUAACGCCGAGGCGCCGACGGCAGGUAUGGCGUAUGCUUUCCCCGAUCCCGACGUGGCGCGGUCCAGCUCGAUCUCGUCCAACGAGAACACCAACCCCCCAUUCUCCCGAAAAGGCAGUACGGCGGAGUCGCUGAGUAGCAUGUACUCCGAGUCGCGCAUGCCUCGUGGACAACAUGGUAAGUUCUGCAUUUUGGCGUCUCGUUUGACACCGUGCUCACCCGAUGUUUCAGAACUGCCGCAAAACGUACAUCACCAUUCGCUGCAGCACAAGCAGGUUCGGGAUUUGAUUGGUGAAGCCGAUGGCAAUACGCCAUAUAGCCGUACCCCGGAAUUACGCGUCACACAUAAGCUCGCCGAGCGCAAGCGACGAAGCGAGAUGAAGGACUGCUUCGAGGCCCUGCGCGUGCGUCUUCCCCAGGCGCAGAACAACAAGUCCAGCAAAUGGGAAACGCUCACUCGGGCCAUCGAAUACAUCAGUUCCCUUGAGAAAUCACUUGGCCAAACACGGCGAGAGAACUCUCUCAUGCGCACACAGCUCGAGGAGAUGCAAGCGCAAUUAAACCAGCAACAGGCCAACGGGCCCUCACGAACUCCUUCGAUCUUCGAGCACCACAUGUCGGCCACCCCGACCAACGGCCAGCAAGGGCCUGUGUUUGGUGGAUUUGGAAAUGGGUCUAACAUGGCCCAUGAACAGCCUCGCACUCUACCGCCGCUCAUGAACGGCUCUGUGGCCCCGAUGCAGGGAAUCCAGUACACCGACGAGCGACGGUAG